CGCGUACUGCGAUGGCCGUAGGUGGCGCUUGGCGAGGCGGCCAGGUCGCGUGUGUGUCCCUGGCCGGUCGAUGACAGAACGGCACACUCGCACUCAGGGUUCGCCAGUAUGCACUCGCCGCUCGCUCUGCUGCUCCUGCUGGUGCUGACCGCCUCCACGGGGGCGGCUCCCAGCAAGAAGUCCUCCGAUGAGUACAUGGUGGCGCCGGCCAGGGAUGUCGUCCUCUGGAACCAGAGCCAGGACGGCAAAAUCAACCUGCAGGUCUCGCUGAAGGACGUGCAAAUCGUCGCGCUCCUCAACUCCGACACCAGCAGCUACGACGAAGACUCUAGUGACUACGACUACUCCGAGUUAGAAGCUCUGAUAAACAGCACGAUCGCAGCCACAUCGACGACCGCCAAGCCGACGGAUAGCGAGGAAGUGACAUCAAGCACGGACGACGAGCCGCUUUUGCAGCUGAGCGAUGUUCUGCAGCUGGCCUCCGAGCAAGAGGAAAAGCAGAAGGACUCCAACAACACUACUACGCUGCCCCUGGCGUUUCAUAGCAACGGUAAGCCCGAAAACAUCACGCAACUCACCCCCGAAACGAAGGGGGCCACUUCCAUGUACCACAGGGAGGCGCCUAAGAGGUCGCCCGUCAAGACCCCCUGCGCCGAAGGUGAGGUCCGCGACCGAAUUGGCAGGUGCCGCCAGAAGUCCUCCAAGCCCAAGCGCAGGAGGCCCACGGCUAGACUUGCGUAUCCGUUAAAGAUGUCUCUUCAGAGUUUGGCCAGGGGCUUCAGACUUGCCAGGCUGAGCCAAGAUGACGACUGGGAGUCAUAAACUCAACAUCUCGAAAUUUUAUUUAUUUAUGGUACAAUUGAUGUUCUGAUAAUUUAUUAAAACUAGAUUUUACUCUUUUUUAA